AUGUCCAUCGCCGCGGUACUCUCCGCCAUUUGUCCUGACACUACCGUCGUCGAGACUUUCACCGUUAGCCUGGUCGAGAAUGGUAUUGCAACUCUCAGGCUCCUUGAGAAUGUCAAGGCCUCGCCCGAUCUCUGUUCAAGGAUCCUGGCGCCCUUCUCUACCUCCCCCUUGCCGGAAGCCUUGGUGGGUAAGGCCUCCUUAGCAACUGCGACUCUAGACGCAGCUUGCCGCGAGGCCGGUGCUCAGUUGCAAUACGCCGUCUCCGCGUCAGCAUCUUCUGCAAAAAGAUCUACUCCGCCCCCGCGGACCUCUUACUCUGCUGCCUUAGCCCGAGUCAAGGACUCACUCGGUGGUAUUCCGUUCAUCCCCGGCCAACGCCUACUUGAUGCGAUUUGCCGGGGCGGCCUUGCCAUCUAUGUCGAUUUUAACUCGACUCUAGUCUCGAACUUGUCAUCGGCGGCUGGCACGACCAACCGUGAAGCUGAAUUAGCUCUCUCUAUAUCUGGUGAUCCAGUUCUGAUUCAGGCCGGCAUGGGUCUCGGUGGUUCGCCUUCGUCUAACGACGAGAGAAGCAGAUACUGGGCCGAUCGCUUCGUUCGCGCCUACUUUCUUUGGUCGUACGCGGUUCUAACCGUCCAGGAGCAUAAGAGCAUCGGUGGCGUCGACAGCAGCUCCAUCUCCGACCAGUUGCCUGGCCCGCCAACUGUGGACAUCGCGAGUUCCCCGACUCCAGCACGCCUCGGGCUGCAUCACUUCAUGCACUACUUUGGGGUCAUCAUAACAACUGCCAUCGAGUAUGACUGGAAGGUGGCUAUAGAAUCUGACCGGCGUUUCAGGGUGAGAUUAGAUGGCCUCGUACGUAGUGGACAACGGCUCUUCACCGAUCUACUGAUCGACCCCCUCCUCUACGGCCCCAUUGUUAUGGAGGCUGCCGCCGCUGUUAGAUUAGAGUCGUUGAGGAGAACAUCCAACCCUCAGAAUACACGUGGUCGUCGUCGUCAAAGACCAGAUGUUGCCGAUGGUUCUCCUCAUUCGAGCAGCAGGCCGAAAUUCCCGAGGGGUGGCUCUAACGGCCCACCUACUCGUCCAACCGGUAAGGGCAAGGGACAACCCCACAGUAUCUCUAGAAAGCUGCCCGAUGGGACAGGAGGCAACAGCCUCACCAGUUAA